AUGAGGCGUUGUCUUCUGGACGAUAGGGCACAUCUGGUCCUUCUCCAGCCGAGCAAUGUUUCGCCUGCACGUCGGCAGCCCGUUGUCACCGGAGUAAAUCUUCGGCUGGAGGACUUUUCACCGCUUUUAGAUACUGAAGAAGAUGAGGCAGCACUUCUUGCGGCACGCCGUCUGGCGAACUAUUUGACAGAAGCACAAGACGAGUCAUCCCUGGGUAUCAUUGGAAUGGAGCCUGAGCUCCUCACCCUUGCCCUUGAGCGAUUAGAGCAGUGCGUCCCUCAUCAGGCCCAUUCUGAAUUAGAGCGUCCUGAGGGUGUGAGGUCCACUGCACCCUCGCACCAAAUACUUAGUGCCCUUUUGUCCAUUUUCACUGCUAUCUGCGCUAAGCCACAUACUCUGGUUCUUGCUGGGAUUGUCUCUGCUGACGAUACAGUUGAGAGUUCACUAGAACGACGGCUUGGUGAUAGUAACUCUACUGUGAGAAGGCUUCUCCAUGCUGCACAGUCUUUCGUUGAGCACUCCACUCUCAGACACUACGAGGCGGUCACGAUGGCCCUCCGUCUGAUAGGUAACUUGACAACCCAUGGCCUAUGCGUCGCACGUCACUUGCUCGAUAGUGGCAUGCUUAGCUCCAUCUGCGCGCUGCUGAGCACGGAGCUCUACACCUGCUUCACAUCGAUUCGGGCAGAGGUCCAAUGGGUCUUUACAGCAAUGGCCUCCCACUUCCCCGGUGACCAAGGAGGCGACAAGCUUGUUAUCCAACUAGAUCAUUGCGUCUCACCGGCGCUACCAUCCGAGACUUACUUAGGAGUGGCUCUGCGCUCAGCCAUAGACUACAUUGCUAGUUCUUUCCAGUCAAUAAACACGUACAAUGACAGUAAGCGUUAUGACAGAUGGUACCUCUCAAUUCGCUGGCUUAUGUACUCCUUUAUGUGUCCCUGUCUCGUGAGCCGAGAUUGCAUUUCUAACGCCUCCGUUUUAGAGCUAGUAAUAAGAAGCAUCUCCGUCCCGACACCCGAUAUCUCUAGCAUUGCUAUGGUAGCUCUGAAUCAGUAUUCCAUGAAUGUACCAAGGGACAUCAAGAAUAAAACUAUGUUUACAAGCCAGGCAGUUGCAUUGCUCCGUCAUGGCUUCACCUCAAUUGCCACUACUUACAUUGAUGCUAAUUUAUAUGGAAAGGUAGAACCCUGCUAUGUUUCUAUUCUCAAAGAGGCUCUAGUCUUUUUAAACAACGAAAACAGUGAUAUUGAAAUACCUGGCUUCUGGGUGCAAACAGUCGCUAAUCUAUAUGCAAGGUUGUUGCGCGCGCACAGGGUCCCAUCCGCGGACACAACUGAAGUGCUUGAACUCUUAACAGAAGCACUAGGAUCCACCGUUUCCAUUUGCUCCAAUGAAACGAUGAACGUGUUAUGCAGUAGCAACGCUCGAAUCUUUUCCCAAUUGAUCAAGCUUCUCAAAUCAUAUAAACCGUGUGUGCAAAUGAGGAAAAUGAUGUGGAAAAACAGCUCAAUUCUACUAAAUGUGUCAGAAUUACUAAGAACAAUGAUUGACUAUGUUCCAGAUACGGAGUUAGAGCUCCAUAGGCACGACCUCAUGGAGACUAUCAACGUGCUCUUGGAAGAGAACAUAGAUGCGCAGACCGCAGACAUACUAGAAGAAGUACAAAAGCAUCUGUUCCGCAAAGAUGACUAG